AUGUAUUCGUCUUCGAAUUCGUUUUUGGGCGGUACAAACUCUGCGCGCCCUGGUCCUGCGCCUGGAGGCUUCGGACCACAGCAAUCGUUCGGCUCGUUCAAUCAAGCUCCUCCGCAACAGCAAUCGCCCUUUGUUCCGCAGCCCACCGGCUUCCCCGGUCAGUUGCAAGCUCAACAGACUGGCUUUCCAGGUUUUCAGCAGCAGCAGAGUUUUCAAGCUCCUGCGCAGCAACCUCAGUUUACGGGCUAUCCUCCUCAAAACCAACCCCAACAACCCCAGUUUCAACAGCCUCCUCCCCAGGCGCCAGCUUUCCAGCAACAGCCCUCCUUCCAAGCUGCUCCUCCACCUCCUCCAGCUCCUCCGCAGCAGCCACCGGCCGCUGCUCCUCUCCGUCCCCAGCAGACUUCGGCUCAGAUCGCGGCCUCUUUUACUCAGGGCUCGAGCACCGCGCCUGCGGCAAGGAGGAGGCAGAGUAAGAGCUCCAGCAGGAUCCCAAACAUUCGGCUGUCUUUCAUCACUGCUACCGAUCAGGCAAAAUUUGAGCAGUUAUUCAAGUCUGCCGCGGGGGAUGGCCAGGCAUUGAGUGGAGAGAAGGCCAAAGAUCUGCUUCUAAGGUCAAAACUGCCCGGCAGUGCCUUAUCGCAGAUAUGGAUCCUCUCGGACACUACAAAAUCAGGCCAGCUCCUUUUCCCGGAGUUCGCUCUCGCCAUGUAUCUGUGCAAUCUGAGCUUGACUGGAAAGGAGCUGCCUAGUGUGCUUCCUGAGAAGAUCAAGAACGAGGUGUCAAGCAUGGUCGAUAUCAUCUCGUUUGGAGUACCAGAUGAGAAGCCUUUGCCGCCGACGCGGUCGAAUAUGCCGAACUUUGAUGCUCCUCUAAGGCAGAAUGCUGUUUCUCCCCCAGCUCCUCAGCAGCCAACCCCGCAGCAGCCCUCAAACCAGCAGCUUUUGUCACAGCUCACUUCCCAGCCGACGGGCUUCUACAAUCAGGCCACAGGGUUUCAGCCCGGGCUCCAGUCGCAGCCCACGGGCUUUCCAGGGCUACCACAGGGACUGCAGGCUCAACCCACUGGUUUUGUGAAUCCCGCUCAGCCUGCUGGUUUUGGCGGCGCUCGGCCUUCGAUGUCCCUCAUGCCCACUGGUGGCUUUGGUUCUAAUGUUUCACCGCAACAGACAGGCCCUCUGCAAACGCAGCCGACUGGCCUUCCUGGCCAGUGGGGCUUUGUGAACACGCCUGCUACUGGUUUACCAAACAUCGAGGCUCUUCAACAGCGUUUGAUGCCCCAAUCUGGUCGCGAAGCCGGUGGCUACACAACGCAAGGCCUGUCUGGGAGCGCGAAGAUUCCUUGGGCGGUCACCAAGGACGAGAAAAGGAUCUAUGAUCAGCUAUUCAAGGCCUGGGACGGCCUCGGCAGAGGUUUCAUUGCAGGAGAGACAGCAAUUGAGAUUAUGGGUCAGAGUGGUCUGGAGAGAUCCGACCUGGAAUCGAUUUGGACAUUGUCUGAUCCUAACAACAAGGGUCGGCUGAACAUGGACGAGUUCGCUGUGGCGAUGCACCUUAUCUAUCGGAAGCUGAACGGGUACCCGAUCCCAGCGCGACUACCCCCCGAGCUCAUUCCCCCAUCUACAAAGAAUUUUAAUAGCUCUAUUGAUACCGUCAAAACUCUCCUGUCCCAGGACGCUGAGGCCAGAAAAUCGUCGGGCGCAUUCUUGCAGCCACAAAAGACCGGUGUGAGCUAUUUGAAGGAUCAUUCGUUCCGCAGCGGCUCUGCAUCACCCAACUUUGGCCGCAAGGAUGCGACUGUCUUCCGCAACAAUGACGAUGACGUUGGAUAUCGUUCGAGUGCCAGAAGACGCCUUGGACACGGAGGUAGAACCCCUUCCCCGGCGCCAUCAUCGGAUAUGGGAGAGAGUGUCUAUGAUGACUUGACGCCCGAUCAAAUCAGGAAGAAGAUUCGGGAGAAGAAGAUCUUGCUCGACGCCACCGACUUCCAGGAUGAGCGACAAGCGGAUGAUGAUGAUGUCUUGGACCGAAGGGAUAGACGAGAGGCUGAAGACCUUUUCAGGCAGAUCCGACGAAUUCAAGACGAUAUCGAUACGCACCCCAAUUCUGGAUUCGCUGGCGGCGAUACAGGCGCAGAGAGGAGGGUAAUGAGAAGAGAGUUGCAACGAUACCAAGAUCGCCUGCCAGCGUUGGCGUCAGACGUAAGAAAGGUGGAGAAAGAAAUUGCUGAAGCCAAGCUACAACUUUUCCGCUUGAAGGACGCCAAAGCUCACCCGAACAGUGCCUCCAACAUUGUUGGAACUGGACCCAAUGGGACGGUCACCGAAGCCGACCGCAUUAAAGCACGAGCGCGCGCCAGAAUGCAAGCUCGAGCUGCUGAGCUUGCUGGGCGCCCUGCCCCUGCUGCAGAUGACGAAGCUGGUGCGCAGAGUCGCUUGGAGCAAGAGACUUCCAAGGUCAAAUCGGAACAAGAACGGCACGAGGCCAUGACUCGAGAUGUUGAGGAGAGUGUAAAAGACUUUGUUACGAGCCUCGAAGAUGGGUUACGGGACCAAGGCGAGAAUGCGACCCAGGAGCACGAGCGUAGGAGGUGGGAGGAGGCUCUUGGCGUGGAAGAUGAGAUCAAAGAACUCAUAUACGACUUGCAACGGGGCAGCAGGACCGCAAAGAUUCGGAAAGAAGAACAAUCCCGCCCAGCCAGAAAAUCGUCCCGCGACUACUCUCACGAGGAAGCCAAAUCCACAAAUGGUAACUUGCCUUCGCGACCAGCUCCCACAUCGACCCCGUCAACCUCUUCCGUGACAACAGGCCAGUCUCAUCAGGAUCGCAUUGCGACUGCAAAGGAGAAGGCUCUGAAACGUAUCCAAGAGAGAAUGGCUGCUGCUGGUAUCAAGCCAGCUGGGGAGUCUAGUGAAACUCCCCAGCAGCGCCAGGAACGCGAGAAGCAAGAGAGAGCCGAACGACUUCGCAAAGCCGAAGCCGAAGAUGCCAGGCGUGAGCAAGAACGACAGCAGAGACUCGCCAACGAGGGAGUAACGCCCCCAAGUCCGAAAGCAGAAAAGAAGCCGCCUCCUCCGCCCACUCGAAAGCAGAGACAAGACAGCACAGAUUUUUCUGCGAAGAAGGCUGCUGAGGCAGCAGCCCGGGCAAAGGCAGAAGAAGAAGCGGCUGCACAGAUUAGGGCAGAGCAGGAAGCAGAGGCGCGGGAACGCGAACGAUUGGAGGCCCAAGCCAAGACGCAAGAAGAGGAGCUUGAGAAGGAACGUGAGGCCGCUCAAGCCCGCUUGCGAGCUCUUGAAGAGCAAGUUAAGGCGGGUAAGGUAAAGAAACAGGAAGAAAAGGCCCGAAAGAAAGCAGCAGAGAAAGAGGCCAAGGAGAAGGAGGCCAAGCUUGCUGCGCAAAGAGCCGAGCUUGAGGCGGCUAGAGAGAGAGAACGGCAACUUCAGCUUCAACUUGAGCAUCUUGGGGACGAGUCGUCAUCCGAGGAUGAUGAUGAGGGCCCACAACAGGCUACGCCUCAGGAGAGCACUCCCGCAACCAGCCAAAUGCUGACUGGCUCAGUCGCUUCACCACCACCAAGCACUGCUGCUCCGGAACCCUAUGCCAGCAGUGGUUAUGAGCCUACCCCAGUGUCUAGCCCUCCGGCUGCCGAAGAAUCGAGGAACCCAUAUUUCCGAAAGCUGUCCCAAACACAACCGUCAGAGAAUGGAAAGCCAGUCUUCUCCCCGCCGCCUAUUCCGCAAGCUCAGACGUUCUCGCCUCCACCAAGCGCUCCUCCUCCGCCUGCGGAAAGCCUGCCCUCGACUAACCCUUUCCACCGAAUGGCUCAACAAGAGGCCGCGAAGCCGUUGACUCCCAGCUUUACCGGUGCCCAAUCGCGGCGUCGUCCCGAAGAGGAUGAAUGGUCUGCUGCCGGGUCCGAAAAGGAUGAAGACAGUGAUGACGAAGCCGACCACCCCGGCGGAGGAUCAGCAAAGCAUUUGGCUUCCAUUCUGUUUGGCACAAUGGCACCACCCAGACCACUGUCCGCCAUGGAUAGCAAGCCUCAGACGCCUGUCCAAGAGCCGCCACCCGUUCCAGGUGCAUUUGACUCCGGCUCCGCUCCGCCGCCUCCACCGAUCCCCGGAACUGGUGCACCAACGGCACCACCGCCUCCCCCUCCAAUGCCAGACUCUGUUGCUUUCAAUGCACCACCGCCACCUCCCCCUUUCCCGACCUCCGAUGCUCCUGGAGGUCCGCCGCCGCCUCCGCCGAUGCCCGCUCCAGCCCGUGCUGGAACUGGUGACAUCGGGGCUUUGCUGGGAGAGAUUCAGAAAGGUAAAGGGCUGCGAAAGACUGAAACGAAGGACAGGAGCGCAAGCGCUGUCGCAGGAAGAGUCCUGGGGUAA